CAAACACACUGUUUUUGCCUAGAAACUAAACAGCACAGCCAUGAUAGACAUACAAGGUUACCUUGCUCUAUUCUUCCUGUGGCUCAUUUCCACCAUUUUUAUUCGUUCUGUCUUCAAAAAAUCACAGAAACUCCCACCUGGCCCUCCCAUCUCAAUACCCUUACUAGGACACGCGCCCUAUCUCCGUUCGGUGCUUCACCAAGCACUGUACAAACUCUCCCUACGCUAUGGUCCCUUGAUUCAUAUCAAGAUCGGGUACAAAAACAUCGUUGUAGCGUCGUCUGCGGAGACAGCCAAAGAGAUCCUUAAAACGUCCGAAGAGGCGUUCUGCAACCGCCCCUUAAUGAUUGCGAGCGAGAGUUUAACGUACGGCGCCGCCGACUACUUUUUCAUUCCGUACGGGACCUACUGGCGCUUCCUGAAGAAGCUUUGCAUGACGGAGCUUCUGAGCGGGAAGACACUGGAGCAUUUUGUGGGCAUUCGCGAGAGCGAGGUGGAAGCGUUUUUGAAGUGGAUGUUGGAGAUGUCGGCGACGGGGAAGGAGGUGGUGAUGAGGCAAGAGCUGAUAACGCACACGAAUAACAUUAUCACGAGGAUGAUCAUGGGGAAGAAGAGUAGUGGUGCGGAUGAUUUUGUGGCGCAGUUGAGGAAGGUGGUGAGGGAAGUGGGGGAGUUGCUGGGGGCGUUCAACUUGGGAGAUAUUUUGGGGUUUGCGAAGCCUUUUGAUCUGCAGGGGUAUGGGAAGAAGAACAUGGAAACGCACCGCAAGGUGGAUACGAUGAUGGAGAAGGUGCUGAAGGAGCACGAAGAGGCGAGGGCCAAAGCGGGUGCUGACAGUGAUAGGAAGAAAGAUCUCUUCGACAUUCUCUUGAACCUCAUUGAAGCUGAUGGUGCUGACAAUAAACUCACUAGGGAAAGUGCCAAAGCCUUUGCUCUGGACAUGUUCAUCGCCGGCACAAACGGACCCGCUAGUGUUCUGGAAUGGUCCCUCGCGGAGCUGGUGCGAAACCCGGAGGUGUUGAAGAAGGCGAGAGAGGAGAUAGAGUGUGUGGUGGGAAAGGAGAGGCUGGUGAAGGAGUCAGACAUUCCUAACCUCCCAUAUCUGCAAGCAGUGGUGAAGGAGACUCUGAGAAUGCACCCUCCGACCCCAAUCUUCGCGCGAGAAGCCAUGCGCACGUGCCAGGUUCACGGCUACGACAUUCCUGCGCACUCCACCAUCAUGAUCAGCACGUGGGCCAUCGGCAGAGACCCCAACUACUGGGACAACCCGCUGGAGUACAACCCUGAGAGGUUCUUGGUUUCCGAUGAGCUUGGAAAAGGCAAAAUCGACGUGAGGGGACAGUACUACCAGCUUCUACCCUUCGGAAGCGGACGAAGAAGCUGCCCCGGAGCCUCACUUGCGUUACUCGUCAUGCAAGCCACACUCGCAAGUUUGAUACAGUGCUUCGAUUGGGUGGUGAAUGAUGGGAAGAGUCACGACAUUGACAUGACGGAGGAGGGAAGAGUGACGGUGUUUUUGGCGAAGCCGCUUACGUGCAAGCCUGUUCCGCGGUUCACUCCCUUCGCUGCAUGAACAGUGAUGAUGUCUGCAACUCUGUUUUCUUUGCCACUUUAAGGUUUUGUC